CACCAAUGUACACGAAGAAGAAGAAGCCGGAGAGGGACCAAACAGAGAAGAAGAAUACUAGCGGCGCUAACAACUAGCUUGGCAGGUAUCGUCGAGGAAAUUUUGAGAGUCGUCUCUCUUCAUCACACUGCCUCUCCAUCGCCCUCUUCCCGAGCACUGCAGGUUUGUUGGGGUUUCAGCACUCUCCCUGACCUGCCAACAUGCCAGCCGCACUUACAGAUUCCAGUCAGAUAAUCUGUGAGGUCUGGGCGAGCAAUGUGGAGGAGGAAAUGAGGAAAAUCAGACAGAUUAUUCAAAGCUACAAUUACAUUGCCAUGGACACAGAAUUCCCAGGAGUCGUUGUACGACCAAUCGGUGAGUUUCGCAGCACUGUAGACUAUCAGUACCAGCUCCUGCGGUGUAACGUCGACCUUCUCAAGAUCAUCCAGCUUGGCCUCACGUUCAUGAAUGAGGACGGUGACUAUCCUCACGGCACGACGACGUGGCAGUUCAACUUCAAGUUUAACCUCACAGAAGACAUGUACUCACAGGACUCCAUAGACCUGCUCCAGAACUCCGGCCUCCAAUUUAAAAAACAUGAAGAAGAGGGUAUUGACACACUUUACUUUGCUGAGCUCCUCAUGACGUCAGGUCUGGUGCUGUGUGAAAACGUCAAAUGGCUCUCCUUUCACAGUGGUUACGACUUUGGUUACUUGGUGAAGCUCCUGACAGACGCACGGCUUCCUGAGGAGGAACACGACUUCUUCCAGAUCCUUAACUUGUUCUUCCCAGCAAUCUACGACGUCAAGUACUUGAUGAAGAGCUGCAAAAACCUUAAGGGAGGAUUGCAGGAAGUAGCGGACCAGCUGGAGCUGAAGAGGAUCGGACGGCAGCACCAGGCCGGAUCAGAUUCACUGCUCACCGGCAUGGCUUUCUUUAGGAUGAAAGAGCUUUUCUUUGAAGACAACAUUGAUGACGCAAAGUAUUGUGGGAGAUUGUACGGCCUGGGCUCAGGCUCCAGUCAACCUCAGAAUGGCAUCUCCAGCUCGAACCAGGAGGAGACGAACAACAAGCACUGACUGAACGCUCAAAUCUUCAAGUGGAACACGCACUUGUUUUAAAACCCGACCAGCAGAUUCCUCCUCUGAUCUCCCUCAACACUCGAUCCCUGAAGGAAGACGAAAACAAAAACACAUUUCUUAAAGUUUUUCCUCCUAAGUGACUACAAAACCGGCUCAGUCAUCAUGGAUUCUUCACUUCUUUCUUUUUAGUCGCUUUUACCGAGUAAAUGGCCACGUAUUCCCACUGCUUCUUUCAACCUGUCAGAGUUUUGUCUGACAGCAUUCUCGUGACACCUUUCUGGGACCAGCUCCUGUAUCAUUCAGACCAAACUUUGACCAAAAAAAUCAGUCACAUUCAGCAGCUCAGACUCUCCUUCUUCAGCCGGACUUGACACUUGUUGCAGGGAUUUCGUAUUUUAAGUUACUGUUGGAAGGGCCUGUAAAUUAAAAUGUAUAAUUUUGAUGAAAAUAAAAAUGUUUUAGCUCUUUUCCACUUUCAGAAACUUUUAACAGCGAGCGUCAGAGGUGUAUAACUGUGCUUGGUUAUGCAUGUUUCAAUCAGCAAAUACUACUGUGGUUCUGUACAUUCACCCACCAAACCAAACUGUCCACCGUCAGCUUUACAAGAUGUUGUGGUUUCUCUUGUUUUUACAUUCAGCAUUGUUUUACAGUUGUAUAUUAAAUUGUUUUGUAUUUUGAA